CCGGCUAUAGAUGCUCACACGCCCCGCAGACACAGCGCUCCUUCCCGGGGAGAGCAGCAACUGGCAGCCGGAGGAUUCCGCAGGAAUAAACUUACUCGGGAAGAUGUGAGAGAGCAACAGAGGGAGAUCUAUCCCGGAUCAUGGGACAUCACAGGCGGCAGGACACAGCCUCCCACCCCAUAUAGUACUGCUAACAGCGACCAGGGCCCAUGUCAUAGGAUGAACACUGCUUGUCCCCUCUUACUAUCUGUGAUAUCGUCUCUUGUCUUGUGCUCUUGGGGUUCCAACCCCACACCGAGCACAUGCUCGGCUCUGGCCUCUGGAGUUCUAUACGGAGCCUUCUCUCUUAAAGACCUUUUUCCUGUUUUCUCCUCUGGUUGCUCUUGGACCCUGGAGAACCCAGAUCCAACCAAAUACACAUUAUAUCUGAAGUUCACUCACGAGGAGCAAGUGUGCUCACAUCUAUCCCCCAUGGUGCAACCUUUGGAUCAUUAUCUUCCCAACCACACCUGCAGCCGGCCUGAGGAGGGAGCAGACGAAGCUCAGGAACUUUGUAUCCCUGGAACUCCUUUUACCGUCUCUCACUUUGACAAAAACUUUCUUCGGAUCUGCUUGUCUGAGCAACCAUUGUCCAUUCAGCUACUUUCAGACUCUGUGCUUAGUUUCCGCUUUGUGGAGGUGUUAUUAGUCAACCAUGAUAAUUCCAGCCAGUUUGCCUGUGGUGUACUGUGUCGUUGGUUUGAGGAGUGUUUGAGAGCUCGAGACUGGGGGGUGCGUUGUGGAUUGACCCAGACCGGCUGCACCUGUCUGGAAACUGUAGCACGUGGACGUAAUGACACUGUCUCCAACUCCAUUGUUCCUGCAAGACAUAGUGACUGCUGUGUAACACAGCUGCUCCCGGGAACCAACGAUGAGGAGUAUCAUCGGCCAAUCCCUUAUGGAGAAGAUGACCAGGAAGAGAAUCAGAAGGUCAAGACCCAGAGACCACGGUCAGCCGAUGAGCCAGCUAUAUACAUGGCACAAACAGGAGAUCCCGCUGCUGAAGGAUGGUCGCAAUGGGGAGUUUGCUCCACAACAUGUGGUCAGGGAACACAGCUUCGCACCCGCUCCUGUGUGUCAUCACCAUAUGGGACACUGUGCAGUGGUCCACUGAGGGAGACGCGAUAUUGCAAUAACACAGCUGCUUGCCCUGUGGAAGGGAUAUGGCUGGACUGGGGCCCAUGGGGAAGAUGCUCAGUAACGUGUUCCAACGGAACCCAACAAAGGAGUAGAAAGUGCAGCAACACAAGCCAAGCUGGAGGAGAGUGCAGGGGGCAGCAAACGGACACGAGGGACUGCAGUAACACAGAAUGCCCAGCGGAUGGAAAAUGGGGUCCGUGGAAUCAUUGGAGCUUGUGCUCCAAAACAUGUGACAGUGGCUGGCAGCGUCGCUACCGGAUGUGUCAGGGGACAGGAUUGCAAGGAUACCCGUGCGAGGGCUCCGGGGACGAGGUCAGGACGUGCAAUGAAAAGAAAUGCCCAGCGUUACAUGAGAUGUGUAAAGAUGAGUAUGUCUUGUCCAUGAACUGGAAGAAAACAGCUGCAGGCGAUAUCGUGUACAACAAGUGUCCUCCUAAUGCCACAGGAUCAGCUAGUCGUCGCUGUCUGCUUAGUCCCCAGGGAGUCGCCUACUGGAGUUCUCCAAGUUUCGCCCGUUGCAUCUCCCAGGACUACAGAUUUCUUCACCUUGCACUCCGUGAACAUUUGGCAAAAGGGCAGCGCUUGUUGGCAGGGCAAGGUAUGUCACAGGUGGUACGGAGUAUGUUGGAGCUGGUAUCAGCCAAGAACUACUACAGUGGAGACCUUCUUUUCUGUGUGGAGAUCCUGCGCAAUGUGACGGACACAUAUAAAAGAGCCACUUAUAUACCCUCCUUUGAGGACAUUCAGAAAUUUUUCCACGCUGUCAGCCACAUACUGGAUGCAGAUAAUAGAGAGAAGUGGGAAGACGCUCAGCAGGUGGCUCCAGGCUCUGUUCUCCUCAUGAAGGUACUUGAAGAUUACAUCCACUUGGUUGGAGAUGCGCUAAAACCUUUUCAGAGUUCCAUCAUUGUCACUGAGAAUCUGGUUAUAAGCAUUCAAAGAGAACCUGUAUCUGCUAUAUCCAGUGACAUAAACUUUCCAAUGAAAGGACGGCGUGGGAUGAAUGAUUGGGCUAGAAACUCUGAGGAUAAACUUUUCAUUCCCAAGGAGGUUCUCAGUUUGCCUCAUGCAGAGACAGAAGACUCUGCAUAUUUUGUGAUAGGUGCAGUACUGUACCGCACUCUCGGGCUUAUCUUACCUCCUCCCGGUAAUUCCCUGGCUGUUAGUUCAAAGGUUCUGACUGUCACUGUACGGCCUCUUACUAAACCUGCAGAGCAGCUGGUGGUGGUAGAGUUAUCGCAUAUAAUCAAUGGUACCUCAAGUCCCCAAUGUGCAGUAUGGGAUUAUUCAAAAAGUGAUGCUUCCAGUGGGAACUGGGACACUGAGAGCUGCCAGACUCUGCCAACACAACCAUCUCACACCAAAUGCCUUUGCGAUCAGCUCUCCACCUUUGCUGUGUUGGCACAGCUACCCAAGGAGUUGGUGAUGGAUGUCACUGGUUCUCCGUCUGUGCCCUUGAUGAUUGGCUGUGCUGUAUCCUGUAUGGCUUUGCUCAUCCUUCUUGCUGUUUAUGCUGCAUUUUGGAGAUUCAUUCGUUCUGAACGGUCCAUCAUCCUGCUUAAUUUCUGUUUGUCCAUCCUUGCUUCCAAUGUGUUGAUUUUGGUGGGACAAUCCCAAGCACUGAGCAAGGCUGUCUGCGCUCUCAUUGCUGCUUUCUUGCACUUCUUCUUUCUCUCUUCCUUCUGUUGGGUGCUUACGGAGGCCUGGCAGUCCUACCUCGCUGUCAUUGGGCAAAUGAGAACACGUCUGGUGCGUAAGCGCUUCCUGUGCCUGGGAUGGGGGUUACCAGCUCUGGUGGUUGCAGUGUCUGUUGGUUUCACCAGAACAAAAGGAUAUGGAACACCCAAUUAUUGCUGGCUCUCUCUAGAAGGAGGGCUACUCUACGCUUUUGUGGGUCCUGCGGCUGUCAUUGUUCUGGUUAACAUGCUGAUUGGCAUUAUUGUCUUCAACAAACUAAUGUCUCGGGAUGGCAUAUCAGACAAGUCCAAAAAGCAGCGGGCAGGAAUUGAGAUAUCCUGCAGGAACCUGCCGCUGAUUUGUUCUACAUGUGGAGUGCUGCCCAGCGCAAAUCUCUCUGCAGCUACUGCCAACAACGCUGUGGCAUCUCUCUGGAGUUCUUGUGUGGUCCUUCCUCUACUUGCCCUCACAUGGAUGUCUGCAGUUCUGGCUAUGACUGACCGCCGAUCCAUCCUCUUCCAAGUCCUGUUUGCAGUGUUCAAUUCAGUGCAAGGCUGUGUGAUCAUCACUGUACACUGCUUCCUGCGCCGGGAGGUCCAGGAAGUUGUAAAAUGCCAAAUAGGUGGAUGCCACAGUGAUGAAAAUGAAGAUUCUCCAAACUCCUGCAAGAACGGUCAGCUUCAAAUCAUGACAGAUUUUGAAAAAGAUGUGGAUCUGGCAUGUCAGUCUGAUGAGAAGGCCUCAUGGUACACCGCACAUGGGGAAACUGUCUUGUUCAAGGAAUUGAACACAUGCCACCCAUCCAGUGUGACUGGAGCUCUAUCCCGGAUCUCUAUAGAUGAUGAGGAUGACUUAAAAAUGCACAAAGGGUGCGAUGGACUCAGCUAUUCCCACCUUCCUGGUAACCUCUCCUCUCAAGGGGGCAUUCUUCUGCAAGUGCCCAAAAUAACCCACAAUCAAGUGAAUGAGCUCAAUGAUCCGCUACCGAAAAAAGAGAUCAAUUUGGAUCGUGGUCCUCUUUAUUUGUGUCCUGAGGGAAAUUUGUGGCCUCUGGACUUUGGGGAUGCAUCACAGGAACCGUCAUUGGAAAGUGAGUAUAUGGUGCUGCCCAGACGGACUUUGAGUCUGAAGCCUUUUAAUCGGGAACACAGCAAACUGAAUGUGAAGCUGUCAGAACUGAGCAAAGGGCGCCAGCAAGGAGACACAGAUAGUUAUCCCAAUUUCCUGUCAGUGGACCACAUUAACGUCAACCUCACCCCACCCUAUGUGCCGGCACAACACCAGUAUGGCUUACCAUUUAAGCAGCCUCCCUCCGUCCGGCAGAUCCUGGCAUCAGAGAUGAAUGAGCGAAGUCGUACGAUGCCCCGCACAGUGCCUGGUCCAUCUCUGAGCGCUGGAUCUCUCGAGAAGCCACACCAACCUGUCCCUGUGUUUCUCCCUCAGCGGAAGCGAUUGAGAUAUUCAGAUUUGGACUUUGAGAAAGUGAUGCACACAAGAAAAAGACACUCAGAGCUUUAUCAUGAAUUGAACCGCAAGUUCCACACACUGGAAAGGUAUCGGGAUGCCAGUGCAAAGAGAGACAAACGCUGGAGUAUAUCCUCAGGAGGAGCAGUGGAGAGAACCUCAGCCAGUGAGAAGACAAGCCCAGCUGGUCCCCAUCAAAAGGUUUGGGAUAGCUACAGAGCCCGCUCUUCACAGAUACACGACCGCCUGGGUCUACGAUGCGUGGAUUGGGAUCAGCCUCCACGUAUUUCCAUGGAUAUGUCAGAUGGGGAUUAUCAGACUGAAGUAUAAGGGAAUUUCUCCAUUCACACCUUAAUUUUAUUAACCUCUUCAACUCAGUUGAUUAUCCUCGCACACCAGAGAAUCAGUCACAGGGUGACUUUGGUUAAAGCCAACGGAGAAUUACACAGGCUAUCGGUGUAUUCACUGGAUAUGUAUUUAAAUAUCUGCCAAAUAAGACCGCUGAACCGAUGUGAAAAAUGGGAGAGUUAUGGGCGAUAAAUGAAUUGCUCUUUGGAAAUGAAGCCCUCCGAUCCUCCGAUUUCAGGAUUCCGUAUCCAGGAUCUCUUAUCCUCUUUACUGUAUAGAGGACCCAAGCGGCAACAAGCUACUUGUUCUCUUUACAUACACACAUAUGUUGUUCUGUCACACAACUUCCUCUGUCCUGCUUCCUGGACAUUGCUUGUCAAGUGACCACUUUCUUCCAGUAUUAUAUCCUCCCCCUCUCCCCUGCCUCCUGCCCAGUUUGGGCAAAGAAGGUGGGCCUUACUUUGCCUUUAUGGACUGCUUAAGGCCAGCCCAACUGGAACUGAACUAGACUGACUUAUCCCAAUCCUUACCGAAAUUUCUGGUAUGGGGCAGUGGGAAAGGGGGUCAGGUGGCGCUGGGUUUUAAAAAUGCCUAGAAUUUGUUUAAAAAUGAAAAAAAAAAUAAAAAAAAAAUCUUUUGAAUCGUGA